AGCUUGGCUGCUAGUUCCCUCUGUGAAGUCAUGUUGUCAGAUCAUGUAGAAAUCUGUUUCCUGCUUCGUUGCCCUGACAACAGUGACGUCACGGCCCUACCUGUGCUUCAGGUUAGUUCGGGUUUAACCGUCUUUUCAGUUGCAGCUUGUUUUCUCCGUCUGAAGGGUGAAAGAUGACGACACCUCAAGAAGUCCUUCUGAAGACUUUGAAAGAGUUGGGAGAUGAAGACUUUGGAAACUUCAAAUGGUUCUUGAACCAGGAAGGAGUCCUAGGAGACUUCAAAUCAAUCCCACAGUCUCACUUGGAGAAGGCAAACAGGUUCACCACUGUGAGUGAAAUGGUCCAGAUCUAUGGAACUACAAACGCCAUUAAAGUCACCAAGAAGGUUUUAAUGAAGAUGGAUAAAACUCAGCUGGUGAAGAAAAUGAUCGGAAGCAUCGAAGAACCUGCAGAUCCAAAAAGGGACACAGAGCAGAGAGUCCAACCAGAGGAUUGGCUGUUAUCAGUUCGGACACAGUUGAGUCAGAGACUGUCGGACGUUACUGUCAGUCAGCUCCUGGACAGACUCUAUGACCAGAGAGUUAUCAGUGGAGAAGAGAUGAACGUCAUCAGAGCACAGAUUGGAGCAGAUAAAGCACGGCACCUCAUCGACUGGGUUCAUAGAAAGGGACCUGAGGCUGUUUCACUUCUGAAAGCUGCUCUUCGUGAGGUUGAUCCAUGGCUUUGCAAAACCCUGAACCUGGCAUAAAAGCAAUAAAGUGUGGGGUUGAGAUGUUUACCCUCUGUCAGACCUGACCUGUAUACUCUCACAUUACCUUUAAAUGACAAGCUCUGUUUAAAGUCUUUGUCUGUGAAACUGAUUUGAUCGCUGUAAUCCAGCUAAACCUGGACUGCUUCUGACAUGUUGAGCAGGUUUCACUGAGCAGGUGUGUUUGCAGGAAACUGGUCUCUGGAUUUAGCCAAAAUAAAGACGGAGUGGUUCAAUCUGAGAAGACGAGACUCAGAGUUUUUUGUUUCUGCCACUAGAUGGAGACGGAUCACUGCUGUAUGAGGCAGGAAUGAAACCCAGAGAAACAACACAAAGAUAUGAGUGCAGAUUA